AUGCCUCCACUACUGUUCCUGUGAACAUUCGUCGUCAGAGCAUCGAGAGUAUCAAGAACAUCGAAGAAAUCGAUAAGAAUGAACUCCCCAAAGAGUCUCGUCCUUUCGAUAUCAUCGAUAUCUCUUCAGUUACUAAUUCUGGUCAUGUUUAUGAAAAAACAUCAAUUUCAACAGUUGAUUGGGUUGCUUACAACUUCUGCCAACAAGUUGAUGCUCUUUCUGCUGAUGAGAAGAUUGUUGUCAAAUGGCUUGAUCCAAGUCAUCUCAGAGCUUCCAUCGAUGUUAGCCGUAAGCUGAGGGAUAACUGUGAAGUACCAGAGAUGUUCAUCAUUUUGGAUCGUUGUUCAAGAGGAUCGAUUGGUGUUCUUCUCAACACAACUAUUACUGCUAUUGGCUCCCCCAUGAACGAGAGCAUUUUGAAGAACAUUUUGACCCAUCAGAAAUCAGGAAGUGUAGACGAUGUUGUGAGAAUCCUCAUCAACCUUGUGCUCGAGUGGAAGAUCAGAUCAAACAACUGUUCAGCUACCGAAGAAGAUUCAGCUUUGUCUGAGUUCAUAUUCAAGUCUAUGCAUACACCAUGCUUGACUAAGCCUGCUGUGGUCGUAUCACAAUUGGAUAUGGCUGAGAUUCUUCGUAGUGAAGCUGAUAACUCAGAGGACGAACCUUUUGAGAGAAUUUCUGAUGAUGAAUUCUCGUCGGAGGAAGAUUCACAAGGAUUCGAAACCACCAUGGUCGGCACAAUAAAGAUCAAAUGUGCUAUCUGCGAACAUCCAAACACUGAAGAUCUGUUUGAGAUGGACGAUUGCUGGCAAUGCAUUGAAUGUGCUCGUCAGACCAUUUUGAUUCAGAUCAAAAGAAAAUACCUUCCCAUCGAUGCACCUUUUGUGACUGACGCCGAUACCACACCUUAUGAUGUAUUACCAGCUAUCCUUCCUCUUCCAAUUUUCAACUUCUACACCAAAGUUGCAGCUUUGGAGAUUCUUGAAAACUCUCAAGAUGAGAUCAAUGACUUAUUCGAAUGUCCAAAAUGCUGCAAUGUUGUCAAAGUUGAAAGACCUCAUGAGUAUUCGUCUUGCUGUUGCUCGGGAUGUUCCACCACCUGGUGCACUGAAUGCAAAAAUGAGCCUCAUUGGCCAUUAACCUGUUCUGAGUUCGCAGACUGGUCUGAUAAAUGGUUCAAGCAAUAUCCAAAUGGUGUACCUCGUAUCCAACCCACUCGCUUCCCAAAGAAAUUCACUUGUGAUUGCAAAGUUAUUUUCACAGUUGAAGAUACUUCAGUUGAGACUCUAUCCUGCACCAGAUGUUUCAAAAUUAACGAUCCAUCCAUGAUUGUUAUGCCUUUGGUGAAAUACUGUCCCAAGAAGAAGCGCAUGCGCGGAGAAAACGAGCUUCCAAGAAUUCAUCGUCCAGUUCAGCUUAUCAGAAAAGAUAUUGCUGACAUCUGUGCAGAUGCACGUCUUCAACGCUUCACAAAGCCAAAGGCAAAGACAAUGAAAGCUAUACGCUCCUAUAAAAACAUUCCAACGGGUCAAAUCUACGAUCUUCGCAGAACUAUCUUACUUCUCGUUGAAUACGGAUUGGCCAAACUGUAUUUGACCAAAAAAGGACCUCAGGGAUUAAAGGCAUCUGUACUUCAAUUGCUCAGAAUGCUCGAGGAACUGAUUGCUGAUGUUGAAGGGCUCAAAACCUCAGUUAACGAAAGUGUUAAGCAACUUGACAUCGCCGUUAACAAAGUUGUUGAGCAAUUCAAGAUCAUCGAUCUUGUAUAA